AUGCAUCCAGUUGUUCCUGUUGCUGACCUUGACUGUUCGACCUCAUCGAAAUAUAGCGAAGCUGAAAUAGUUCUCAGAGACAAGUUGGGUGAGGUAAUCUAUCACAAAUACGGGGGCAUUGUAGUUUCACAGAAUGAAAAGGAAGAGUUGGCUCAAGAUUUAGGACAGCAAAGCAAAAUCCUGAUGCUUCAGAAUCAUGGAUUGGUUGCUCUUGGCAGUACAGCUGAUGAAGCCUUUAGCCGGUUGCGAUUGUUGGCGAAUGCAUGCUUGGAGAACAUAGUUAUACCUGGUGUGGAUAACCAAACUGCUGUUGCUGCUGCUAAAGUGGGUAGCAAUGACUUUAACUGGGGACGUGGUGAACUUGAGUGGGAGGCUGAAAUGAGAAAACUUGAUUAG